AUGUCGAUCUGCACUUUCAACGCACCGACGCUUGCAUCGGAGGCGUGUAUAGAAGACCUGAUGAUGCAAGCUAGGAGAAUCAAGUACGACGUCAUCGGACUGACCGAGACGAGAAGGCACCGCCCGCUGCACGCUGUAUUUGAAACUGGAGAAGAACUGUUCCUUGGAACAUGCGAAAGUAGAGGCGUCGGCGGUGUAGGUGUUCUCGUCAACACGCACUUGACCAUGAACAUGGAUUCGUACGAAAGCUUGACAACCCGAACCGGACGUUUGCAAAUGAGAAAACAUGCCUCAACCCCAGCUCUAACAACCUUCGUUGUUUAUGCAUCAACGUCGAGGUACGACGAAGAGCUGGAAGCACUCUAUGUGGAUCUGGAGAGGUUUUACAGAGAAGACCAUACUUUCUUCAAGGUCAUCAUCGGUGAUUUCAACGCCAAGAUUGGCCCCAGAAGAACGGCUGAAGAUCUCCACGUUGGGACUCACGGAAUGGAAUGGAAUGAGCAGGGUGAAAGGCUAUUCGAGUUUAUCAUGUCGACCCACGCUUUCCAUGUAGCUCGCAGUUCCAGAGGCCCUCUCAUUUCCGACAUGGGAGUCGCCUGGUGGGCAGUUCCAGAAAUAGAUCACAUCGUCGUCAAUAGAAGUUUUGCCUGACUGACGUCGCUGUUGUUCCGAAGUUCUACACGGGAUCAGACCGUCGUCUCCUCCGCGCUAGAUUCCGCUUUUCAGUGCGUGGAGAGAGAGCUGCGAAGUUCAGGAAGGAAGUCGCAAGACUGUGGUCAAUUGAUCACUUCGCUUCAUUGGCGACUUUGUGGGAAGAUUCCGUCAGCGACAACAUCGAUGAAGAAUAUGACUGGCUCGUCGAACAUCUUCGCGAUUGCGUCAGGAGAGCUGAAAGUCUCAAAGAUGUCAAGAAACGUCUCUCUCGAAGUCCCUUGA